GGGGGAGCUAUCCCGGCGGGCCGCGCGCGCGGCGGCGUUUGAAUGGCCGUUCCUGGAUCUCGGCCGGGGAGCCGAGGGAUAGUCUGGGCUGCCGGGCGCAGUCGGUCAGCGCCUGGUUUGGGCGGAGGCGCCGCGGUACCAUGAGGCGCCGGUAUUUAAGAGAUUAUGGCAUCUGAAACCCACAAUGUUAAAAAACGCAACUUUUGUAAUAAUACUGAGGAUCAUUCCAUUGAUCUUCCUAGAAAAAGGAUCUCUAAUUUCACUAAUAAGAACAUGAAGGAGGUUAAGAAAUCUCCAAAACAGUUGGCUGCUUACAUAACUAGAACAGUUGGACAAGCUGUGAAAAGCCCAGAUAAACUACGUAAGGUGAUCUAUAGAAGAAAGAAAGUUCAUCAUCCUAUUCAAAAUCCUUGUUACAGAAAAAAGCAGUCCCCUAAAAGUGGGGGCUGUGUCAUGGCAAAUAAAGAAAAUGAACUGGCUUGUGCAGGCCACCUCCCUGAAAAAUUACGGCAUGAUAGUCGAACAUAUUUGAUUAACUCCAGUGAUUCUGGUUCUUCACAGACAGAAAGCCCAUCAUCAAAAUAUAGUGGCUUUUUUUCUGAGGUUUCUCAGGACCAUGAAACAAUGGCACAGGUUUUGUUCAGCAGGAAUUUGAGAUUGAAUGUAGCUUUAACUUUCUGGAGAAAGAGAAGUAUUAGUGAACUUGUAGCAUAUUUGGUAAGGAUAGAGGACCUUGGAGUUGUGGUGGAUUGCCUUCCCGUGCUCACCAAUAGUUUACAGGAAGAAAAACAGUACAUCUCACUUGGCUGCUGUGUAGAUUUGUUGCCUCUAGUAAAGUCACUACUUAAAAGCAGAUUUGAAGAGUAUAUAAUAGUUGGUUUAAACUGGCUUCAAGCAGUCAUAAAAAGAUGGUGGUCAGAACUAUCAUCCAAAACAGAAAUUGUGAAUGAUGGAAAUAUUCAGAUUUUAAAACAGCAAUUAAGUGGGUUGUGGGAACAGGAAAACCAUCUUACUUUGGUUCCAGGAUAUACUGGUAAUAUAGCCAAGGAUGUCGAUGCUUAUUUAUUACAGUUGCAUUGAGAGACUUCAUCUAUAGCAUUUGGCUAUUCAAAACAUCCUUGGACUACAUGAUUUCCCCAAAAAUAUCUCAUCUGAGAACUGUGAACUAUGGAAGAAAUCAAAACCAUUUUUUCCUUUAAAGAAACGUAUGAUGAAACCACUAAUGAAAUGCUACCGAUCUCCUUCACAUUGAAGUGGAAAAAGAUCCAAGAGGAGCAGCUUCAGCUUUGGUGUGGUGGAAGUGCACUAGGAAGGUCGUUCACCUUUGCUGUGUUCAGGUUUAUGUGGUUAUUUGGUAACAUGUUUAAGAGCUACUGGGUCUUCAUGCAAUCCUGCAUAAGAAUAUAAUUUAUACUAUGUGGAAAAUAAGACAGGACUUACUACUAGGAAUCGCAGAGACCAAUCAUCGUUACUUUUUUUUAAUAUUGUGUUUUAUAAGAAAACACUUAAAUGUGUGCAGCUACUAUUUUCUUAUGUUGAAAAGACUUUGAAAGUUUAAACCAUUAUAGCAAAUAAUCAGUACUAAAAGUUUUUUGUUCACACUGAGAUACUGUGUAUGCAAAAUGCCUUAAUUAUUAAUAAGCCAAUGUGUAUGAUACCAAUAUCUGUUUAAGAAAAUUAAAAGCAACCAUGCUUCUGGCAUGAUAAAAUCAUGGAAUUAAAUCAGGGGUUUCCAUUCAUGUAGAAUGUUGUUAAAACUUAUUCCACACUACUCUUAAAACUUGAGAAUAUUUUUAGUAUCUCUGAUUUUUUUUUUUGCCAGAAUCAUGUCAUAUAUGUAUGUAUGUGUUACUCCUAUAUAUAAGAAAAAGGUGAAUCUGUAUUUGUAUGAAUGCUUAACUGGAAAUGUCUAUGGAAUUGACUAAUUUAUAUUCACUUUUUAUUGUAUAUAGAUAUCUGAUAUUUUCAGUUCUGUAUCAUUUAAGUUUUCUUCAUUUGAGUAAAUUCACUAAAUAUUUCUAUUUUUUGCUUUUUUAAGUUCUGAUUUUAUAUGAAUUCUACUUUUUUUUUCACUACAUAUGUUUAAAGAAUUACAUACAAUGCUUUAGAAAUGUUUACACUUAGUGCUGACCUUGUAUUUUAAAUUCCAGUACUUUACUACCUCCUCCAAAGGUUGGUAUGAAAUGCCAGCAGACUGUAUGAGGUCUCUCUUUUAUUUUAAUACCAGUUUUAGUAUCGGAGAACCCACUUCUGGAAUGUCUAAACAGCUGCAUACAUUACCUUGAAAGUAAUUGGGGUUUAAAUACCACUGUUGGUGGUUCGCAUAUCGUCUCAUCUUUAAUAAGCCUGAGAGGCAUCUGAACAAAAGCUUUUAGGAAUUGAAUUUCUGUGCAGUAAUCCUUUUAAGCACUUGAAUGUAAAUCUUUAGCAUUUACCCAAUUAGCCACUACUAAUGUGAAUCUGAAACACACAUCUUCUUGCUUUAAAAAUGUUUUUUCACCGAGUUCUUUUUUGUGUAGCUAUAUUUUAUAUAGCUAUGUAUUCCUCAUAGUGAACAUCAGUUGUAGUAAUUAAUUAUUCUCUAAAGAUUUUAGAUUAGAAUAAUUUCAGGUUACUGCAUUUCUGGGUUUUGAAAGUUGAGUUAUUUAAGAAGUCAUUUUUCAGGGGGUGGAAAUUUGAAUUGUAAACCUGCAUCAUCUCUGUGAAACCUUAAGAUGAUGAAAUAUAACCUUUCUUUGUUCCUGUUCGUUUAGUUUUCACUCUCUUAUCUUACAGUUUCAACCAGUUAAUACAGUUGGUACAUGGUGCUAAUGAGGCUAAAGACAGGACUUCACUCCUUUUAAGUGUUUGUUAACUUUACACACAUACACAGAACUAUUCAUGGCUACAGAUUGCACUUUAAGCAUACAUCUAACAAAUUCACCUCUUGUUCACAAGGAAGAUGGUGUGUACAAAAUAACACAGACCCUUCAGUGGAAAGAUAAUUCAAAUAAUUGGCACAUGGGAAACUAUAGAAUUUUAAUCUAAUAUUUAAAAUAAUGUAAUGUCUAAAAUUUAUGUCACUAUAGUUUUCUCUGGUUAAGAUCAAUGGCUAAACAGUGUCUUCUGAAAACCAAACUUGAAUUAAUCAAACUUCAGUAAAAAUUAGGUACAAACAACAAAUAAAACAGUAAGAAAAGGUAUUAUCUUGUUAAUGCGUUGGUACAAAUACAAAUGAAAUAUAGUAAGAAAAAGUAUUUCCCUGUUAUGUUGAAUUUGAGUUUCUUAAAGUAUAGUAGAUAAUACUUCAUUUUUACAUAUUCAGAGCUAUAUGAGGCAGUAGUCUUUAGCUCAUAAAUACUAUUCAGUGGCCCACACUCCCAAUUUCUGUUCUUGGCCUUUGCAGUUUACCUUAGUACCUACCUCUCUCUGUUAUUGGGUUAUGAUUAGUAUUAGGUGAUUUUAAGACUCUCGGAUAAAAGAUAAGUACAUAUUGUUGAACCCUUACAUUGCUAUCAAGUCCUUCUCAUGCUGUUUAAUCAGAACAGUGUUGAUCUCCAGAAAGAGCCAAAGAAAGUGUUUACAAAGUAUUUUGGCUGUUGUAUUGACCUAGAUUAGAACAAUCGCUGUCUAUCAUCACUCUCGUUGCUGUGCUGCUAAGCAAUAUAACUGAAGGACUACCCAGCGUCUCUAUGCCUUUCUCUUCUACCUUAUUCAGUUUUUUUGAGAUGAUAGAGGGUUAUAAUCAAGUAAUUUGCUUCUCCUAGAGGUAAAGUAAAUGAUUUGAUAAUGAGUGUUCAGAGAAAAGUUAAAAGUUAGGAAGCAAGCAUUUUCCAAUGGUUUUAAAAACAUCUUUUGGCGGUGAUUUCAAAGGUAAUUGACAUACAUUAUUUACAUGUAUCCUGAGGUGCGAGAAUUUGGAUAUAAAUAUCUCUACCCACUUUGAAUCAUUAAUAUCAGCACUGAACUUGAAGGGCCACUGAGGAAUUAAAUCCUAAUGCCCCUAAAUAUAUGUGGUAUGUGUCUUGUCCUAACCUUAAAAAUGGUUGUGUGGCUUCAAAGCUAUAUAUUUGGACUUUGAAAUAAUUUCCUCAAACUUAGACUAUUUCUAUAUUUGACAAGUUGUUGAUAUAAUUAAUAUCAAUGGAAUCUAAUUUGAGUAAUGAUUAUUAGCUGUUAAAUGCUGAUAAUAGAAAUUAUAUUUAAAUGUUUAUUUAGUUACUUAAGGAGUUUGAUGAAACAAAAUUUAAGCUAACAUUUUGGUAGUCAUUCCCAGUUAUUUUUUCUUCCUAUUUAAGAACAAAAUGGUAAUGUCAGUUGCCUUUUUUGAUUUAAAGAAAAAAAACUAGAAUCACAAACAGUUGACUCAACUGGAAUGAUCUAUUUGGAUGCACUACUUAUCUUUCAACACAGACUUUUAUUUUCUAAAUUAUUUCGGAUGAAAAUAGUAUUGCUGGACAUUUUGGUAGGUAUUGACUUCUAUGUUAUUCUUUCGCCCUUAAUUUUUAAUUCUUCUAGCUGUGGAAAUUGUCAUAGAACUUUGUGGCACACUAUUCCCCCUCCUUUUUUAUUCUGUAACAGGCAUAUAGAAUAAAAAUUCAUCCUGAAACACUG